AUGUCAAAUAUAGGUCUCAAGAUCCGUCAAGCGGCUCCUUCUAUUGACCCAAUCGUCGCGGAUUACGCUGUGGGUUAUAUUAACCAUGUUGAACAUUCAACCACAGAUUCUGUUUUAUCUCAACAAUUAGAUAUUGAUCAAGAAAUUUCAUUUAUUAGUGAUUUAUUGAAAAAUGCUGGUGGUGAUGAUUUGAAAAUUAGUAAAUUAGCUGAUGAAUUAAACAUCAAAUUAAGUGAAGAAUUGAAACAAAAUCAAUCUAAAUUAGAAUUAACUGGUGAUACUUCAAAGAGAUUAUUAGAUAUUAAUUUAUUGAAAAAUCAUGCAAAUAAAAGAAAUAUUAAUUCAAGUUUAGCCUUAUUAGGUGUUACAAAAGAUAUUGAACAUAAUGGUAGACAUAUUGAAUCUAAAGUUGAUAAGAAAAAAUUAGAAAAAGCUGAAAAAAAAAUUGCUGCAAAAGUUGCUAAAAGAAAUAAUCAAUUUGUUAAAUAUGAAGCUUCAAAAUUAAUUAAUGAAUCUGAAUCUCAAGAAGAUUAUGAUCAAUUCUUCCUUAAGAUCAAUCCUAUUGAAUUUGGUUCCGGUGCUGGUAAAUCAAAAGAUAUUCAUAUUGAUACUUUUGAUCUUUAUGUUGGUGAUGGUCAAAGAAUCUUGGCUGAUGCUCAAUUAACUUUAUCUUAUGGUCAUAGAUAUGGUUUAGUUGGUCAAAAUGGUAUUGGUAAAUCUACUCUAUUAAAAGCAUUAUCAAGAAGAGAAUUAAACGUUCCAAAACAUAUUACAAUUUUACAUGUUGAACAAGAAAUUACUGGUAGUGAAAUUACCGCGUUACAAUCUGUCUUAGAUGCAGAUGUUUGGAGAAAACAAUUAUUAUCUGAAGAAAAAAAACAUAAUGAACGUAUUGCAGAAAUUGAAACUUUAAGAAAAGAAUUUGAUGAAGAUAGUUUAGAAGUUAAAAAAUUAGAUAAUGAACGUGAUGAUUUAGAAUUACAUUUACAAGAAAUUGCUGAAAAAUUAUAUGAAAUGGAAUCUGAUAAAGCUGAAUCAAGAGCCGCAUCAAUUCUUUAUGGUUUAGGUUUCACUAAGGAAUCUCAACAAAAUCCAACAAAUUCAUUUUCUGGUGGUUGGAGAAUGAGAUUAAGUUUAGCAAGAGCUUUAUUCUGUAAACCUGAUUUAUUAUUAUUAGAUGAACCUUCAAAUAACUUGGAUGUUCCUUCUAUUACUUAUUUAGCAAAUUACUUACAAACUUAUGAAUCUACAGUACUUGUUGUUUCACAUGAUCGUUCAUUCUUAAAUGAAGUUGCUACAGAUAUUAUUCAUCAACAUUCAGAAAGAUUAGAUUAUUAUAGAGGUGCUGAUUUUGAUAAUUUCUAUUCAACAAGAGAAGAAAGACGUAAAAAUGAAUUACGUGAAUAUGAAAAUCAAAUGGCUUAUAGACAACAUUUACAAACUUUUAUUGAUAAAUUUAGAUAUAAUGCUGCUAAAUCUUCAGAAGCUCAAUCCCGUAUUAAAAAAUUAGAAAAACUACCAGUUUUAGAACCUCCUGAACAAGAAAAACAAAUUACUUUUAAAUUCCCUGAUCCUGAUGGAAUUUCACCACCAAUUGUUACAAUGAAAGAUGUUUCAUUUGGUUAUAAUCCAAAUGAUUUAUUAUUGAAAAAUGUUGAUUUAGAUAUUCAAUUAGAUUCUCGUAUUGCACUUGUAGGUGCAAAUGGUUGUGGUAAAUCAACAUUAUUAAAAAUUAUUAUGGAAAGAAUUCAACCAUUGGAUGGUCAUGUUUCCAAAAAUCCAAGAUUAAGAAUUGCUUAUUUUGCUCAACAUCAUGUUGAUUCAAUGGAUUUAACAACAUCUGCUGUUGAUUGGUUAUCAAAAACUUUCCCAGGUAAAACUGAUGAAGAAUAUAGACGUCAUUUAGGUUCUUUUGGUAUCACUGGUACUUUAGGUUUACAAAGAAUGCAAUUAUUAUCAGGUGGUCAAAAAUCAAGAGUUGCAUUUGCUUCAUUAUGUUUAAAUAAUCCUCAUAUCUUAAUUUUAGAUGAACCUUCAAAUCAUUUAGAUACUUCAGGUUUAGAUGCCCUUGCUGAUGCUUUGAAAAAUUUUAAAGGUGGUGUCUUAAUGGUUAGUCAUGAUGUUAGUGUUAUUAAUCAAGUUUGUAAUGAAAUAUGGGUUAGUGAAAGAGGUAGUGUUAAGAAAUUUAAUGGUACUAUUUAUGAUUAUAAGAAAUAUAUUUUGGCUGCUGCUGAUGCUUCAGGUGUUGUUAAAAAACAUUGA